AAURCUACCAAAAUCUUCAAUGUAACUUUCCUAAAUGAUACCCCUAAAUAUCUAUGACAUAAAUGAUAAUUAUUAGAUUUUUUCCUCCGACUUGUAGCUCGUUUUUCCCCCGUUGUGUGAGUGUGCGACGGCCUUAAAGUGUUUUUCCCGUCUGCUAUUUCAAAGUUCUUCAAGGAUCCGUAGAAAGACCUGUUGGGAUUAUUCAUUUGAAUUAUCGACCGAAAAAGAUCAACUUUAGAGAGGAAUGCCAGCCUACUGGAAGAUCAUAGUGACUGCUUUUCUACUUACAGUAGCUACAGCUGGGACUUAUGUUUAUCUUAAACGCGACGACUUUCGAAGCUACAUAUCAGAAAUUAUUUCUAAAAGAGAACUGAAAAUUGGAGAUAACUUAGCAAGCUUACAUUUCCCUGAGGAAUACCACUCUACUGGCGUUCUUCAUCUAGUUACCAGCAAUAUCAACGAGCCGUUUGAAAUAUGGUAUAGUCAAUCAAGGAAGAAAAGUAGGAUAGACUAUUAUAAUGGAGAUGUCAAGACAUUCCAGCGUGGUGAUAUUGGUAGAUACGGAAUGUUCUUUAAAAUUGUUCCUAAGUACUCUUACAAAAGCAAAAAACACUGGAAGGGGUGUUGGAAACGUUAUGGAGUCAAGAAGCGAAAGAUUAACGCRCAGACAAUCCUUCCACAUAACGCAUCAUGGCCCUUCAGAUCCAAAAUCAAUGACUUCAAGUAUGCUGGUGAUAAACGCAUCAAAGGCAAGCUAUGCACCAAAUGGACUUACAAGGUCAACGUCUUAGACAAGAAGAACAGCUAUGUAUUCUACGCUACAAAGACAGACCCUCCCCUGCCUGUCCGCCUGGAGAUGAACGGAUAUGAUACACUACUGGUCUCCUAUUAUGACUCCUACGUCAUCGAUUAUCUUUCGUUUGAAAAAUGGAAAUAUGAUASAAAAAAGUUCCAGAUUCCUCAUCUACAUCACGACAAAUGGUGCUGGGACACCUCAAAGAUGUCAAGAUCAGGCGACGGAGCGUCUGCCUCGUUGAAUCCCAUGAGCGAAUUCACCUCYGUGGGACACGAAGCCGACCCUAUUGAACAAGAUUUUAAUGACUUUAAAAACGAACACAGGAAAGUGUAUAAAGAUGUAAAGGARCAYCAGAAGAGAAAGCAUAUYUUCAGACAUAAUGUCAGGUACAUUCGGUCGAUGAACAGAMGAAAUCUCAAUUACCGUCUGAGUGCAAAUCACUUUGCUGACUUGACCGAUAAAGAAUUUAAUUUUUACAAAGGAGACAUGGGUGACAAUGAUGACGAUGAUGACAAAGGCCAGGAGGAUAUAAAUGAUGAUGAUGAUUAUUAUUAUCAUAGUCAUGAUGAGGCACCAACAGACGAUGAAAAACCUAGUGAUGAUAGAAGAGAUGAUGACGAUGAAAAACAUAAACACGAUGAUGAUGAUGAUGAUCAAUCAAAAUAUGAUAACAAUGACGAAAGAUACCACAAUGAUGAUGRUGAUAGAGACACACAAAGAGAUGACAAAAGAGAUGAAAGACAUCGACAUGAUGAGGAUGACAGUUACCAUAGCAACUUUGGUAGUUCAAGAGAUAGUAAAAGCUAUAGAAGAAACCACAUCUCUAAUCGACACAAGAAAAAUAAAAAACUCAAAGAAGAAUUCAAGAUUCCUGAUGAACUGGAUUGGAGAAAAUACGGCGCAGUCAAUCCUCCUAAAGGACAAGGAACGUGUGGUUCAUGUUGGGCYUUCGCCGCAGCAGGAGCCAUCGAAGGUGCCAACUUUAUCAAGACAGGAAAACUAGAAAAUCUUUCUGAGCAGCAGCUGUUAGACUGUACUUGGUUUACUCCAGGCGCUGACAAAGGAAAUAAUGGGUGUCUUGGUGGAUGGACUUGGAAAGCUUUCUCCUGGGUAAAGAAGUUUGGCCUGGCCAAGACGAAAAGUUAUGGACCUUACCGAGGACAGGAGGGGUUUUGUAAACUGAAGAAUGUGACCAUAGGAGCACGAAUCCACAGUUACAGAAGAGUGAAACAUUACAAUCGAAUCGCUCUCAAGAAAGCUUUGUCRUUUCACGGCCCAGCAACCAUAUCCAUCAACGCCAACCCAAAAACACUGAAAUUCUACAGUAAAGGUGUUCUGGAUGACAUUUCUUGCAGUAACAAGACAGAUCAUGCUGUGCUUCUGAUWGGCUAUGGCAAGCAUGGCGGAAUUCCUUACUGGCUGGUAAAGAAUUCCUGGUCACACAAAUGGGGUAAUCAUGGCUUUAUUAAAAUCAAACAAGGGCUUUGUGGAAUUGAGAAACGACCCUUCGUAGUCCUGAAUAAAAGUAACAAACCACUUCCUUGGCAGAAGGACAAGUCUGCUAARAAAGAUAAAAUAUUUUUAUCUAAAAGACACAGAUACCAUCAAUACUGGUGAUACCAUACAACAUGGGGAAUUUUAGCGCAUGUUAAGCGCAGAAACGAAACUUCUCUUUGUUUAAAUUGUUCUUAACAAAGUAGCUGAAGUAGAAUCGAGAUAAACCUUCAACGACGAUGCGUAACGAUCUUUUACCGUAGAAAUGAUUUCAAAUUGUACGAAGAUUGAUUCUCUAGAGAACAACAUUGUAUGGGGGCCAUKUUGGUUGAUAUAACAAAAGAUAUUAUAUAUAUACAUAUAUAAUGACAAAUACCUAGUUCGCUUCUAUAAAAUAGAAUGUUUUCGAAUUAGRCCGUUGYGUUYCUURAUUACAGWCUCAUUUACUCAGCGUUGGCUUCAAAGUCAAUGMUGAAAUAUUUAAAUGCCGACGGUAAAGUAAAUAAUCAUGCAAACAUUUAACCGAAUACAAACACUCUUGAGCUUCCACGAAGGACCUUCACUGUAACAUGAAUAUUAUACACAGAAUCUGCUAAACUAACUCUGAGCAUAUGCCCGAGCAACAGGAAAUUCAUAAUUAACCAAGAUGGCGGCUAUGAAAAUUAGCAAGUUACUUUGAAUACCGAGUCGUUAGGCAUUUAGUUUGACGUAAGAUGCAUUUGCAACAAAUUAGCAAGGUUMUGACUUAGUGUGAAUGUAGUGAAUGUAAUGAAUUUAUAUAAGUUAUUCAAUUUAUUCAACCGGGUUCUCCGGUUUAGCUACACAGGUCGAUUAUGACAUGCAAGCUCGCUCACUAGUGGCACAUUUAUUUUAGAGGGAAAAUACAACUUUGAUACUUAGAACAUUUCUAUAAGAAAUAUCAGCAAAGACAUGAUGGUCAUGUCGAAUAACAGCUAAUUAUUUUAUGAAGUCCUCCAAGAUGGCGGCUAUGAUGCAAUGUACGCAUGCGCGAAGAUACAAGUACAUAGCCUCAUGGUCUACGUYGACUCGUACACCAUUCGGACUGUGGAUCUAAGUGUAAAUUGUAUUCAAUAUGAGRCAAACAAGUGUGAUUCAGUUCACGUAAAUACACGAAACUCACGCUCCAGACUCACGCACAAACAUAUAAUACCGYUUGUACAAAUUGCAAUUUUGAUGACAAUACUGUAUCAUAGAUUUGUUAUUUAAUAAACCUUCCUUUGAAAUAAAAAUCAUUUUAGCAAUAA